AAUUUUGCCGUCAUUCCCGUCAUCUCGCUGCUCGGCAUUGCCGGCAAUGUGGUCAGCAUGGUGAUACUUAUCAAGCACGGCUUGAACAGACGCUCCAACGUCCUGAUCUUCGCCCUGGCUGUCGCGGACACAACGUACCUCGUGGGCAUCAACAACAUCCCGAUGUUUAUCCACCAGGCGCGCGCCGAUCACUUUGGCUUCUUCUAUUCGGAGACCGCGUCGAUGGUGUUGUACGUCUUGUACCAGAUUUUUGUCUUCCUCGAAACCGUCGGCAAAGUUGUCUCGCUGCUGGUUCCUGUCCUCAUGAUAGUCGAGAGAUUUCUGGCCGUCUUCUGGCCACUGCACGUGUCGAGGCUACUCACCGCUCGCCGAACC